UGCAAAUGGCGGUUGUUAUUGUGAUCGAAAAUUGUAGAAGACGAUUAUUUUUAUAAAAUCGUGUGGAGACGCGACAUUUAAGGCAAAGAUUGUAUUUAAAUCGAAGAAGUGUAGUAAUAUUUUUACAGGAAUAUGAAUUUACAGAAAACAAUCGAGUGUAUGGAAAAAUCUUCUUUCCAAAGUGGUACUAGUCUGUUCACUCGUUUAAUCGCUCGGUGCUGCGUAUGUGUCCAAAAUGUUAAUAGAAAUUAGUUCAAGAGGAUGUCAUAUAUCAGACAAAAUUUCACAGUGUUGAAUUGAAUCCUCAUUGCUUUAUAUAAACUAUACGUGUUGAGAGGUGUCAAAAAGAAUGGGAAAGUUACGAUAAAAAAUAUAAAGCAACUAAGUAUUCGGAGCAGUUAGUGUAAUGGAUCUAAAAAGGGGUGAUGCAAAAACUGUGGCGAGAACGCAGCGUAGAGAAAUCCCAUGAAAGGCGGCGCCAUUGAUACGUGGUGGUGUGGCAAUUCCUUGAUAUUCGUCGGGAGACAUGAAACAACGUGGAGAUGGUCAAAAAAGGAAUGUGAAAAGUGGUAGUCAUGCAAGAUAACCAUAUACAUGUGUUUGACCGAUCGCUGUGAUUAAUUUGCGAACAUUUUUAAACUUUUGCUUUGAGAGAAAUACAUAUGUAUGUAAAAAUCCGUACUUGGUGUAUAUGCAACAUUAUACUCUGCUCGGGCUUUACUCUUUAGAACAGUGCAAUCCAGUAAGAAUUUUGUUUGAAAAGUGGGAAAAUAUGUUGCUGCCUCAGAAACAGUGCGGUUAAUUUGUGAUGUAAAUGGAAAUGUAUAUAUAUUAAGUUAUAAAACUUUAGUAAAAUUGUGUAGAGCAAACAUGCAUCAACAAAGGCAGAAACUGUGCGCUGUUUGUUGCAUUGAUUUGUCCCAAACAUCUCCAAAUUAUAAAUAAAGUGGAUAUAACUAUAUGUAUAAAGAUUUCACCAUAUAAAAAUCAGCAAUAUAAAAGUUGUACUUUUUACUUAUAAUAUAGAUGUUAUAUUGCAAUAAAUUCUCAAACUUAAUUUUUAAACCUCUGUCAAGUGUGAUUGUCGUGUGAUGAUAUGCAACUUAAACAGCAGAUUGAUUCGUGUGUACGGAUAACAGUGCAAAUUCCGAAGGAUGCGGCGACACGCUUACGCCAGAUGGCAUCGGAGGGCAAUCCCGCCCUACGUGCCCUCGGCAUUAUGUCUGUGCAGUUGGAUGGCGACUCUGUGAUAUCCAUAAAAUUACCCGGGCAAGAGAUCAAUCUGAAAACCGCAGAUAAUGCAGCGGAGGCUUCGUCGACGAGGGCAAACGACGAGCUGGGUGAUUUAACACAGCUGUUGGAAGCGGGAAGGAGUACGAUAGGAUGUCUUAGCCAUGCGUCUACAAGUGGGACAUUAUUACAAUCACAAAUACAAUAUCGUAUCCCCGCCCCAAAUAUUGGGCUGGCCACCAACAAUGUUGUAUCACCGCCACAGCUGCAACAACACCAGUUUGUGCAGGAGAGGCGAAAUAUGCUGCUCGGCGGUCCAAGUACAAGCAGUGCUGCUCAAGCCCUUCUACAAAAGCAGCAAAUGCAACAGCAAAGUCUCCAUCAUCAAAACUCGCAACGCCAGCUCGUACCAGGUCAACCGCUUUUUAAGCCCCCAAACACUGUGUGCCCCAUGGAUGGAAAAGUUCCAGUCCCACCAAUGUCUUCAAACUUGAAUGGUGGAUCGAAUGGUAGGGAUUACCCAUUCGUGAGUAUGAGGCAAGCUCGUGUGCUACAGGGUCGCGAAAAUGCGUUGAACAGUAGUUUAGUAAAUACCAACCAAACAUUUACUUCAAACAACUCACAGACUUUACAAACGCCGCAGAAUGGACAACUGGAACUUGCAAGUGGUUUAGGUCCGUCUGCUAAUGUUCCGGUAAAAGCUAUAAAACAUUCUCCAACUGUGGAGCUUUUAUCGACAAGCUCAGGUUUACCCGGAAAUAAAUCACAAUUUUUGCAACCUCCUCCACCCCCGUAUCCUGGUGUAGGAAGUGCAACAUCAAACAUCGUAAACAAACCCGCCUCUCAAAUUAAUAAACCAGUGCAAAAUUACUUACACAAAGGAGUUGGUGGAUCGUCAGUUGUUGCGCUUCAGGCAACUACUUCGACAACCACCAACAAUAAUAUAGCAAUUUCAUCACCACUACUUGUAAAUUUAUUACAAAACGAUGGAAACACUGUUACAAAUCAAGUGAAAUUAUCGCCGCAAACAUCUUUGUUGCAACAACCAUCGUCAUUACCGUCGGGGAGUUCUGGGCCACAACAAUCUCAAAAUCAACAUCAACAAUUAUUGAGUUCAACUAUGCGAACGCAGACAGUGAUGGCCGACGUAAUAAUAGAGCACAAAAAAAGCCAACAACAACAGACACAACUUUUACAUUCAGUUUCUGAUAAUUCAUUGGUGGGCACAUCUUCACCAGUCGGUUUGUCUUUAUCUCCUAGUGGUACGGGGAGUAUGCGUAAUAUGCAGCAACAACAAACACAACAGAUAAUAACAAGUCCCGGAAGCAAUUUAUAUGCCCAGCAACACAUUCAAUCAAACUUUCAACCACAACAUAUACCAUCUCAGCAAGGAAGUUUUCUUCGACAACAACGCCAGCAACAGUUGCAGGCAGCUGUUGUUCCGAUCGGGGGCUUAUCAUCUCAACGUUUCAUGCAACAACAACAACAGCAACAACAACAACAAUCUUUCCAACAGUCUCAAAUAUUGCAAACGCAGCAGCAGCAUCAAGUGACCCAGCAGGCUGGUAUUAGUGGAAUUAUGUUGACUAAUUUGCAUCAACAGCAGCAAACACAUGUUCGACAAGUUCGUCCUGGCGGUGUAAUGCCUGGACAGGUAGUAGUUCAACAACAUCAACAACAAACACAUCAGUUUCUUUCGUCUGGUGGUAUGUCGCCGGCUGCCUCGCAUUCACCUGCCUCCAGCCACCAUUCUAUGCAUAGUCCGUUAAUAGGGCCACACCAGCAGCAACUACUAUCGCCUUCGACAACACCAGUACAAUCCCCACAUUCUCAUCCGCCACAUGCACAAAAGCAAAUUGGUCAACAACAGCAACAGCAAAAUCAGAUGCAAUUACAACAACAUCAUCAGACAACAAUGAUUAUACCACCAACGGCAUCGCCUUCAUCCCGCAGUGUUAAUAUUCUUCACAACACGCAAGUAACUUUGGCGCCAGCUCUAUCUGGAGCAGGAUCCGGUACUAGUGGUAGUGGCGUACUAACAAAUACACAAACUACACCACCUGAUUAUAACCAGGCAGCUAUAACAACAUCCACAAUGCGUUGGCCUGCGUUGAACAAACCAAUGGAUUCAGUCACUAAAAGCAGUUUCCAGGAGUUUGCUCGAUACCAAAUGCAGUACAAUUUGCAGCAGCAACAAAUCAAUAAUAAUCAUCAAUCACAACCACAAAUAAAAGAUCACCAGAAGCAGAAAAUAAACGACCACGUAAUAAGAUCUGAGGCGGAUGCAAUUGUUGGGAUUGUGGGAGUGUCUUCGCUAGAUAAUGCUGCCACGGCGAAUGGAUUAUCAGAUCCCUUAAUAACUUUGUCAGAUUUUGAAGCUUUAACAACAAAUGACCUUGACGCUUUGUUACCAACAUUGAAUUGUGAUUUAGACUCUGCUCUUAGUUUGGAUGACAAAAACGAAUUGGAGUCACUUUUACAAGAUGCAAAAGAUCUAGACUUGGAUCUAAUUGAAGAAAAUCUAUCUGCCGUGGGGGUAGAUAUUGAUGAGACAGCAGCUGCCGCAUCGUCUCUCUUAGAUGCAGAAGCAACACAAAUACCGCCAAAUGACACACUAGGUCUUAAUCCAAUGCAGUUUGGACAGCAAAAUGCACAAAUGCCACAAAGCAUACAGCAACAAACAUCGUUCAUGGGCAUUAGUAGUAUAAUACCAACUCAACAAAAUCAAUUGCAACUACAGCGAAAUAAUAUUGAACAGUCGGGUGAGGUGAUCCAAAAUCGGUACAAACCGGAAGAAAAUUUGUUUAUGCAAAAUAACCAAUCUAAUCAGAAGUUGCAAUUGCCACAAAAUCUAUUAUCUCCUUCAAUACAACCGCCAGAGCACCCUAACCAGCAUUUGCAACAACAAAAAGCGCUGCAUCGACAACAAGAAAGUCGUGUUGCAGACGCAAAUCAGAUCCGUUCAAAGACUGCUCCUUCAGCGGUUUGUUCAACUAACCAGAAACAAUUUUUAAUAAAUCCUCUAACCGGCGAAUUGGAACCAAUGCAGAGUGAUGAUAGCGAAACUGAGGCGGAACAGGAGACUCAGCAGUUAACUUUAAUAACGGCAAAACCACAUACAGUGGCGUCAUUAAUUGACAGUUUUAGUAGCAAUCACCCAAGCGAAAAUCUACCCAACUCUAUUUUCUUAGAGGAUGACUCAAAUUCUUGUGGUACCGCUGUGUCAAAACUUUCAGUAAAUGACCAAAAUAACGGAAUCAUACCCGGGGCGGGAAGCGAUACAGAGCGCUCACGUGAUUCCUUAAUUUCAAACAAAUCAAAUCGAAGUGUCAAGCAUGGAAAACGGGAUGGUAGCCAAAUGCCUAACAAAUCCAUUGCUUUGCCUAAUAAUAUGGGUGAAUGCGGUACACAUAAAUCACCCAGUCCAAAUAUAAUAGCAACAACGGCACCAUCUACUUCGACGACGAGCACAGUUUUGACUAGUGUGGGCGUUUCGCAAAGAAAAUCAAAAUCAAAUUUAUUACGUGAAAACCAGCAAAACAAUGUGAGAGAGAGAAAACAAGAUGGAAGCUCUGGAGCUACUAAGCCUAAAAGAACAAAAGGAAAUGCCAGGUCAAAAGCUGUUGUUGCUUCGUUAUGUACGAAAUCAGUUUCUGCUCCAGCAGUAUCAGAAUCCACAUCGACAUUAGCAAGUACUGCUGCCGAGGUAAAUAAUACUAACGAAAAAAUAAAAUUACGUUUAAAGUUGGAAAAGAAGGAACCAGUGUCUCCCGCUUAUAAAGUAGAUGUUUCUUUCAUUGCUUCACCAAAACCUGGAACAUCCGAGGCAUCAGCGAGCAACACUUUAAAUACAACGUCACAAGGCAAUAUUAAUACUAGUACUCAAUAUAACAUGAAUAUAAACCAAAAUCCAAUUCCGCCAAUGACUUCUUUACAACAGAAUCAUAUAGAGCAAGCUCAUGUUAUACAUCAAUCAAUUGCUUUCAGCAAUUUUACGGCACCGCUUACAUCCGUUAGUGUUGCACCAACUUGUUCAACCGAUGAACCAAGGGUGCCUCCGUUACACAUCAGUCUAAGGGGAGGCAAAAACUCAAUUGUUAUUAAAAGCAGCCGCAAAGAUCGCAAAAAGCUUCAGAGUUUGUCAAACACUCCGACAGAAGCACAUAGUAGAGGUGGUGAAGAUGAUCCGAAUCAGACGUCAAAUAAACUGUUAAAACUACAAGCGUUGCAAUUGCCCGAUGUUAGUACAGAAAAAAUAAUGCCAUUUUACAGCAGCUUUUCCACAGCAUCAACGUCAUCAGUUUUAAGCAGCAGCAGUAGUGGAAACUGUAAUAACUCCAUGACAGUAAUGACGUCGACGCGUAUUCAAAAUUUGCCGAUUUCUAGCGGAGAACUAACAUCGACAACUCCGUCGAUGGCGGUAAUAUCAGCAGCGCCUUCCUUCUUGGGUAGCAAGAAUGGACUGACAAUAAGUGCAAUUAAACCCCUUGAUUCGAAGAGUGGCAGUAGUUCAAAUGACAAUAAAAAUUUAAUAGUUGGCUCGACUAAUGUGGGUACGCUACCAUUUCCACCACAACUAAUUGCGCAGUCUCAAUAUCAAAAACAUUUGAGUUCAGCACCAUUGACCCAACAGCAGCUACAUUCUUCUAAAGUUCAAUCAAGUUUAUCUAGUAGUAUAACUCUUAAUUCAAUACCAAACAGUAGUAUAGUAGCCUGUUCUAGUGAUAAUUCUGUAAAUGUAGCUAAUCGCGUUAUUAAUAGCUUGAAUUUAAAAACAGCGGCGACAAUUACACCUGUUGGCGUCGGAGGCGGUAAGCCGCUGACAAAAAACCACAAACCUCCAUCUUACUUAACAGCAGUUCAACAGCUUCAACUUCAGAAGCAUCAGCAGAAACAGGCGCAACAAUUUGGGGUUCUUGGGGAAAAUCAGUCAGCUCAGCAAACUAUGGUUGCGGUGGCGACUAUGCUGCCAAGUGCAACAACACUGAAGCGAGUAACAGUACCAAAAUCGUCUGCAGAACAUACUGAUUUAACCGUCAAAAUUGAAAAUAUUACUUCAAAGGUAGAGACCAAUGAAUCUACAGAUGUAAAAACUGCAGUAAUUUUACCAACGUCGUUGACGAACACAGUUGUGGGGUUUGAAAAACAAUCUCAUGAAAAUGAGACACCUUCAACUAUUUCAACUGUUGUAACAAACGGAUGUACGAGCGCUAGUAACGUUGUGGUUUCUAGCAAUCAAGGGAUAAUUGUUAGCACAACCUCUCCUGCUUUAUCCAAUGUUACGUUGCGAAAUUCGCCUGCAAGUAAUGGAAGUGGUACACCUGGUCAUGGCAAUGGCAAUGGCACUGGUGAAGACAGUGGUAUCGAGUCAAUGGAUGCGUUAUCUGAGAAGAGCCCCCAUCAGCAGUCAAGCAGUCCGACUCAACAGCAAAUAAGUGUCGGUAGUCUUGGUGGUAGCAUUGAAAAGUCUACAUUGGUUGUUGUAAAGAAAUCUUCAGCAGGUGAGGCAAAGGAGGAAAAAAUAGAUGUAAUUGAUAUUAAAAGCAAAAUAAAAUCUUCAAUAUUAAAAGAUGGUGUCGAUGACAGGACGGAACUAAAUCUUAAAUCGACAGAAAAACAAACAUUGCUUGAUUAUGCAGAUGAUGAAAUUGAAAAGGCUUUAGCCAAGAUGGAGGGAUUUAAUGAGGGCUUGUUGGAGGUGGCUACAAACGUGUCAACUCCGAUUAAAAACAUUGAGCAAGUCGCAUCCACUUGCUUUGUGAAGACCGAAAAUAUAACGACACCUACGUCUCCGAAAACAGAAACAAUUACCAAUGGAGAACAAUCAGAUCACCUCCUCGAAAUUAUAACACAGAGCAAUACUGGCACAAAAAUAGAAGUAGGCCUAAAGGACCGAAAAAAAAUGCAAACGAUUGUUGUUGAGGAUAAAGUUAUUCCCAAACUCAGAGAUACUAAUAUUGCAAUAGAUAAUAAAUUUGAUAGCGAUAGUAAUAUUGGGAAACAUAUUGAUUCCAAAACUUUAAGCAACCCAAUUAUUAAGUUAGCUACAUCUAAAAUUCCGGAUGCAAAAAGUAAAGAAAAAUGUUCAACGGAUGAUGAUAAAGACCUUGAAGUUCAAAAACAACGCCAUGAAGCGUCUUUCCAAUCACAGCUUCAGGAAUCCGUUUUCCCUCCUAUUUCCAUUGAAAUUCCGACUCAAAGUGAAUCUGAAUCUAGUCGCAUUCGCACACGUGCUAGUAGUCGUUUAGGAAGCCCUUUAGAUGCAAAUAAAACAAGUCCAACAAUGUUGUCGACAUUUGUGGGUAGCACUCCACAACUAAACGCAGGAGGGGCUGGUAAUGGAAGUCAGCAAGGGAACUUGCCUGCGGCAGGAGUCGGAAGUAAGCGCAAACGUCAGGAAUCUGAUACAAGCGCCAACAGCUCUAACAAUGGAUGUACGGAAGAAAAACGAUUUCGAACAGGUAGCACAUGUAGUGCUGCUAUUAACUUUGUAGCAGAUGAGAAUGAAGCAAAAAUUACUGAUUUGCCUUCAGUAAAUGAAGGACAAGAUGAUCCAAAGUGCUUCGCUGGAAGAAAAAGUGAGGAAUCUUCUGACUCUGACGAACCAUUAAUUGAGGUGGCUGAAAAAGUACGCAACUCAAAAGUCGCAAGUGCUAUUAUAGGCAGUAACGAUUGUGGUGUUCAGUCAACCCUAGUGGCAGCAACAAAAUGUGAGUUUAGCAAUACAACUUGGUUGGAAAAGACCACUCGUAACAGUCGAGCAAUAGUACAUCAAACCAAAACAUCAAAUAUUAGCAGUACGACUGGAAGUGUAUCGACUAUAUCUUCAUCAACAAGUGUAAUGAAACCAGCCGCAGCUGCGCCGUCGGUGUUCACAAAUAUAACUGGAGUCAUAAAAACGAGUAGUGGCACAACUAAUAGCUCAGUUUCGGUGGAGUCAAAUUCAAAUGAACGCAAUGCUUCCACGAUCACUUCAGUUACACCGGCACAUUCCACACGUGGGAAUACAAAUUCUACUCCUGCAUUUACGAGUAGUUCUGGAAUAAAUAACAAUAACAAUAAUAUAAACGAUGAAAAGAUAGGAACACGAAGAAGUGUGCGCACAAGUGCUGGCAUGCACAAAAAUUUGUACGGGCGUUCUGUCAGUUCUGCAGCAACGACGAUGGGGGCUGUUUCACAAAUCACAGAUCCAACAAAGUCUCCCAUUUUGACAAAAUCAGUCGGUGUACAUGGAAGUGAACUCAUGGGAGUAGUGGAAGCUCGGCGGAAAACAAGGAGCGCAGUUAUUGGUGAGGCCCAAUUAACUGAAGGACGCAGAAGAAGAAGUUCUCGCGACUACAAGUGACCAUUGUCUUGCGCCUCGGCUACUGAUUUAAACGUAUGCGACGAUGGCGAUAUGGAUAUAAGCGAAUUUGGAGUUAACGUACUCGACAGCAAAAGUUGCUUUUUAUUAGCCGAGGCGCAGAGUGAAUUCUCAAUGCAUGAUUUUGUUGAUGAUGUUAACCUUAGCGAGAAAAAUGUUGACCGUAAGGAUGAAGGGGAAUGCAAAAAAACUGUGGUUGCUGUGAGCGCAGAUAAAUAUAAGUAUACAACUGCUAUUGGUGUUAAUGAACACAAAACCGGUAAAAAAUUAUUACCUUCAACUGGGAAUGCUGUAGCUAUGGAAUCUUCAUGGAAGCCCUCAGAACCCUUACUAGCUUAUAAUACUGACAUGGGCGCAGAAGCUGAAAAUGUUUUGAUACCUGAAAUUUCUCGUACGAAUUCCGUGGAUUGUAGCAACUUCGCAGAUUUCAAUGAAUUUAAUUUGUGUUUGAAUAAUAUACUUAAUUAUGAUGAUGAUGAUGUUAUCACUCAGUCUUUAUCGCCUAUAACGAUAAUCCCUACAGACAACAUGAUCCACACGGGCGCAAUGAGUUGUUCCUCAAGUCCAAAACUUUGUAGAAGCACACAAGACUCCGCUGACAGUUGGAACCAACGUCUUACGCCCAGAAGUGGAGACCAGCUACAGAACAUUUUUGAUAUCGUUCAAUUAAGUGAAGGCAUGGAUUUGCAAACUUUCCAAUCAGACGAGAAAAUACAACCACAGAACUUUAGUACUGAGAGUGAAUCGCACAUAGUGCCGGCAGCAGGAUUAACAAAAGAUAAAUUUGGUGGAUAUCAAGAACGCCAAAUAACAUAAAGUGCUACAUAUUAACAAUUAAGAUUAUCAUGCAUUUGCCUGGAAGAAAAUGUUUACAGUUAUAUGUAUAUAUAAAUAACAUCAUUGUGGCAAUAAACUAUUUAUUAUAAUAAUUAAUGUAAAUAUAGUAUAUCCUUUUUGAUUAUAUCGUAUUUUUGUAACAUAAUCGCUAAUUGAAGCUACAUAUAUGUUUAAAACUACAUAAGUAUGCAAAAAGCGUAAAGCACUAUUUUUUUAUUAAUAAGUAUGUAAAACAAAAAACAUUAAAAAAUAAACGAUUUCGCGCUAUAAAAUUAAUUUCUGUAAAGGUGGCCAACAUGUAUUUAUGCGUGGCUCCAAUUCACGGGGUUCUUAAGGGCAUUAAACACCAAAAUAGAUAAAGUUUAUUUUACUUGCGGCCGACCCUCGGCAGGAAAUAGCAAAAAAGCUUUUUAUAAAAACCAUCUGCCAUUCGUCGGUGCGUCUUAAAACUUCAGGCUCCUCAAUUUGCGGAACAACAUAAAGACGCGCACCAUGAAUUGAAAAUUAAGCACAUAAACAUCUAACGGAGGAUGUAUGUAUGCACCGAUUAUAUAUAAGUUUUAUCAAUUGCAAAAUAUUAAAAUUCAAUUAUUUGGAAUAAUUUGGUCUUAUUACGUAUAUUUCUAGUCACAUUGUUUUAAAUAAGAUAACAUUGAUUAGAAUAACAUAAAUUUGAAAUUACUGAAAUGAGGUUUCAUAAUUUUUUUAGAAACAACUUUAGAAUGUGUAGAUAUGUACAUAGCUUUUCUUAGUAAUAUUGAACAAUAAUAAACCAUUUGAAUACAGUUGUGAACAUAAUUUAACAGCAGUAGCAAUGCAAUCACUUUAUAUUAUAUUUCUUGUGUAAGAAAAGUAAGGGUUUCCAUAUUUGUAAAAAUGCGUUUGCUAUCCAACUUAUUUGAAGCUUGCAUUAUCCUUUCUUUUUGUGUCAUCCAUUUCAGAUGUUGCCAGCAAGCAAUGAAGAUUAAAUGUGUGGAAAUGCAAUUAUGGUCGUCUUCGAUUCGCCACGAGUGGCGAACAGAUGAAGCAACUGGCAUAAACAUACGUUGGCACACUAGAAAAGAGCUACCAAAAAUUAUAUUUAUUUGGAAGCUCUUAAUGAGUAAUAUCUAUUAGUGAGACUUGUGUAAUAUGUGAAAGGAGAGUUCGCGCAGCAUUGAAUAUAAUGAGUUAUACCAGUUUUAUGAGGUAUAACCAUACACGCCAGCGACGGAUCUUGUUCGAUAACGUUUUAGUUGCUUUCACAUGCUAAUAUUUCGUCAAUUGAGCGGAGCCCAAACAUAACGAGCAGAGGAGUGACGAAUUAUAUAUCAAUACAGUUUCGCUUUCUAAAAUUAACUCGUUUUAUUUAAUGAAUCCCCGAAAUAGUGCCUUUGUAGCCGUUUUCGAAAAUCUCGAACAUAUUCGAAACAAUUUUCUGUGUUGCAGAUGCAACGGAACAAGUAUUUUGAAAUUAUUUAUCAUGAGCUCUUUCUUAUAUUUAUAUGUUUCGGAUCUUCAAUGUGUCGAAAUCACCAAUAUCAUGAAUGAAUCUUUUAUUGAAGUUAUUUCCCACCUCAGAGAGCUAUAAUACGUUAUACAUUUUGAAAAAAAAAAAGAAAUCGUUCUGGAUUAACAGUAUUUAAUGGGAUAUAAUUUCGUGUCGUUCCGGUAACGUAGACUCGACUGUGGUAAGAAACAGCUUUUGCAGGGAUUUAUUCUUUCUCGAUAUUACCCCUUUGUUUACCUGGCCCAAAGUACCCGAAUGAGAUGUUAUUGGAUUCCAAUGUCAAUAUCUUAUGAUUUUAAACUCUGCAGUACGCUCUUUAACAUGCUUUUUUUGUGGUAUACGGUACACUAGACAGGGCUAGUUUACUGGGGCGGCAGCACUUGGUCGGGAAAACCCGAAUCAUUCCGGUAACGUAGAACCGGCUGCCAUGGGAAUAACUUUUUUUUGUGGAUUAUGU